CCCGUGGUAGACGACAGGAGGCGGAAGUCUAAACCUAGCGGAAUAUUCUUCGAGUGUCUUCAAUCUAGUUCUACGCCGGCUUCUAUCGAUCUGGCUUCCACUCAACUGAGAAGCGACGGGUUCAUUUUUGCAUUCUCCACGAAACCAACCUGACUAUUGUGGCCAUGCCAGCAAACCAGACGCAGUCGCGAUCUCGAAAUGGCUCCGUCACUGCCACCAAGGAGACAACGGGUCUACAACUGCUGUCGCCGACUCUCCAGCAGUCGAUUCAAAGCUCGACGUCGAAGCUUUCGUCAUCGCAUCCAGCGGAUUACUUUGGCUGGAGCAGCUCACCCCCUGCGAGCUACGCUUCAUCCGAUCUGGGACCUGAUACAGACACGAAUAGCAACCAGAUCACGAAGGACAACAACGACUCGGUAGGCUUUGAUUUCGACGGGUUCACGCUCGAAUCCGUGCGGGGACGAAAGAAAUCGGUAGAGCAAGACGCAUCUGGAACGUCUGCCCGCCAAAGCUCACGUGUUGCUCAUGGGAACAACACUAGCAAUGAUCAUCUACACGGCGAGUAUAGUGCGUUUUACUAUGACGACAAGUCCAAGCACAACCCACUCAGCUGUAGUAUGGGGAGCAUUCAAACCACAAGUACCACCGAGGAUUUUGAAAUGUCUCGACGUCUUCAACAGCACUCGUUCCAGAAGCAGAGUGGGAUGAGUCGCUCGUGUGGAAGUGAAAGUAACCGCGGAACCUUCCAGCUAAGCUCCACCGCGGCGUCGGCUGGGUUUCCUAUGGCCAAGAGGAAGGAGCUGACGGCAGUGGUGAUGCGAGGCUGGCUGCAGAAGCGCAAGGGCCUCGUGCUCAAGCGCUGGAAACCGUACUACUGCCUUUUCAAGAGCGACGACAGUCUUUGUCUCUAUGCGAGCGAGGACACGGUCAACGGGAAACUGGAGCAGCGAUUUCAGGUUCUGCGUGUUGAGCUUACGGACAAGAACGACUCGUUCCACGUUAUUGGCGUGGACACAGAUGGUACUCCACGCCGUGAGGAGCUCCGAGCAUCGGUGUCUCCGGAGUGGAAUAACUGGUUCCAAGUGCUCGGUAGAUUCUUCGACAGCUCAUCUAUGGAGCAGGCCUUCGUUCGGAAACCCGAACUCACCUUUGCUAGGUCUUUUAAUAAGACAGAAGAGUGCAACUGGGUCGACAAUAACGUGGAUCCUGUUCUCACCAGGAAGAACUACCAGUCUUAUGACGAGCGACAUAGCUAUUUCGGCCAAAGGAAGCAGUCCAUAGCAGCAGUCCGCAACUCGUUCGACGGUAAUGGUGAUGACAAAACGUCCACAAUCUCUUCGUCUUCAGCUCCCAGCGUCGGUGUGAACAACCUACACCACGAAUCAGGGAAGGUUGGCAACCAAAAACUAUUCGACUGUCCCAUGAUCGAGAGAAAAAGUCAGGGAGCCGUUCCUAUUCUGGAGAUUCGUGCAUCGAAACCGAAACAGACUGAGGUAACAACACUUGCGUCCGGGUUCUCCUGGACAAAGUAG